AUGACUGCAGAUUUACUGAAUGACAAACUAAGUAUUAAAACAUUACUGUUUACUAAAGCUCUACCAAACUAUAUCAUUCCUCUACCUACUGAUGGCCAUAAAUUAUUCUCUUGCACCGAUUGUGGUGACAGAUACAUUAUGGAAUCGAGCUAUGAUUAUCAUGUAAAUAGAAAGUCUGUAAAAAUUACCUACAAAUGUCGACAUUGUGGAGAAUCAAAAGUUUUUUAUAAUCGUUGCAACUUACUAAGUCACAUUCGAUCUCAUGCUUUUAAAACUGCAACUAUUAAUGUAAGCGACUUAAAGGUAGAACCUUUACCAAUUGAUUUUUUUACAUUAGAACCAUCUAAUGGUCUGACGACUCAAAUAACAAAUAAGUCCCAAAAAUCUACAAGUUCUAUAUGCUAUGAAUGUAAAAUGGAUAACACUAAGACAGGAAUAGCAUAUAAAGAUAGAGCUAGACAUUAUAUGCAAUAUACAAAUGAAGUAUAUUCAUGCCCCAUAUGCAUGUUUACAUUGCCUACCACUUGUGCACUUAAAGCUCACUUGCGUUUGCAUUUAAAAAAUCCACCAUUCUACUGUCCAGAAUGUGGUAUUCAUCUUUCAAAUAAAAGUAUACAUUAUCCAUUUGGUCAUGAUUGUGAAGGCUUCAAGAUGAUGCGAGCCACUGCUAGAUUAACAUGCUCCAUUGAUGAUUUGCAUAUUUUUCACCCAAAUGAAUAUAAUCAACAUAUGAAAUCUUAUCAUUUAAAAAAAGUUUACAAAUGCCCAGUUUGUAUUGUAGCUUGUUUUAAUGAAGAAAGUAUUCAAACACAUUUAAAAUAUCACACUUAUGAUGUAAAGCCAGUGGUGUUCUAUCAAUGUGAAAAGUGUUCUGGUAAAUUAGUCCUUAAAAACCAAGUUGAUAAUCAUUUAAAAACACACACAACGAGCUAUGCUUUUCCAUGUUGGACUUGUGGUACAAUUUUCAAAGAGACAACUGCAUUGAUUAGACAUCAUAUGAAUAAGCAUUCCCUAGAAAUGAACAUAAGCAAACAGUUUUUUACAAGUAUUUUAAAUGAUAAAAGUUAUAUUUGCCGUGUUGUGAAAAGAUGUGAAAAAUGUAAAUAUAAUUUUACUUUCAAAUGCAAACAUAAUGAAAUUGAAUAUUUACCAGAUAAAUGUCCUAAUAAAUGUACAACAAAGUUAAAUCCCCAAGAGAAAAAAGUAAAUGUAGUAAGGCAAAUAAUAUGUCACAUAUGUAAAAAUAAAAUAUCCCAGAACUGGGAAGAAAUUAAAAAACACUAUGCAAAGUAUCAUAAAAGUCAUAAAUGUGUUGAUGUGAAAGUUGUUUUGAAAAAACUUAAUAUAAAAGAAUAUGAAAAAAAGAAAAAAGAUAAAAAUACCCUUAAAAACAAGACUAGCAAAAGAAUUCAAAUUCGUGAAAGACAAAAUAAAGAUAUGGCACCCUUAAAUAACACAAUUUCAGAAAGUACUCAUUCUAAAACACAAAGCAGCGAAUUUAUUUGUUAUAAAUGUGGUGAGCAAAAUGAAGACAAGAAAUCUUUAGAGACUCAUAUGAUUUCUCAUAGAGACCCAUACAUGGCUUAUCAAUGUAUGGAAUGUGGGCAAAGUUUUGUAGUUAAACCAUCAUUUUCUAAACAUCUGUUGUUGGAACACGGGAUAUCAGAUGUUUUGGAUUACAUUAAUAAGAAGCAGUGCUUUAAUGAAAACGCACUUAUAAAAUAUCUUAAUAAAUCUGAAGACAAUGAGCCAUUAAAAGAAAAUCAGUGUCAAAUAUGCAGAGAACAAUUCAAUGAUUCCGACAGUUUACAGAAACAUUUUAGAGUUCAUGGAAUGGCCUUCUUAAUGAAAAAUACAAACAAAAAUAAUAGCCCGUAA